AUAAGUUCUUCCGGUUCCUGUUUGUCAGCGGGAAUUUUUUGUUCGUUGUUCCACUAUUAACUAAAAUGAAUCGCUAUCUUUAUUAAUAAAUUAUUUAGAUUGCGAAGACUAAGCCAUGAGCUCUGCAACGAAAGUUGGUGAGAUAUUCACAGCUGCAGGGGCUGCGUUUAGCAAGCUGGGUGAGCUCACAAUGCAGCUACACCCUACCACAGAACAGAGUCCUAGCAGUGGUAAAUGGACUGAGCAAGAGCUAGAGAUGCUAAGUUCUUCAGUCAAACGGUUUGGAGAGGAUCUCAAUAAAAUAAGCGAAGUAAUAAAAAAUAGAACAAUCUCCCAGAUCAAGAAUCAGCUGAAGAGAAAGUCGUUGGAGGAGGCGGGAAUCCAGCAACCAACCGACACACAGACCAAGGUGGUCACCAAACACAUCACUCAUGUGACUCAUGAGCCGCAUUCCAAGAAACAGAAGACAUCAGAUGUGACCUUGAGUGCUUUGAAUGCUCCAGAGAGUGAUGUGGACAUUGAGGGACUGGGUGAAAAUUCAGUGUCUAAGAAACUUGAUUUUGACUCCGAUGUUGAUUCAAGUAUGCUGUAGUUGCCAGUGUGUCGCAAAGACUCCUCAUGUGGUGUUGUUGUUUACAACUCAGCUAAGAAGCAUUACACUGUGUUGGAAAUCGUUUGCCUGUCGAUCAUUUUCAAGGAUCUCGAAGUGGAGAAUUCAUACAAUUUCGACAUUACAGACAAAGACAUGUAUGCUGAAUAAAUGAAUUUUUCCAGUUUAUGUCUUUGGUGGGCAUCAUCUGUAGAUUAGCCAGUGUAUGCAGAUAACUACACAAAGACCCGAGACUGACAGGAAUUGUUACCCAGCCUGUUUUCGCCUUUCCAUAAACAUGAUUCCGCUCGCAAUUUAUUGGGCAUGUUUCCAAAUGUGGGAAUAUGCUUUUCCAUAUCUGUUGUAACACAUGUGGAGACUAUAAUUUUUUUAGUGGAUGUGUACUUUUAGAUUGGUAGUAAAUACUUAGCAUAAUAACGUCGCCGCUGUGAAAAUGUGCAAGCAGAAAAAUUGCUAGUCGGUCGAUGUUUUUCAGUACGCUGAAUGCCCGUGUCCGGAAUCGUGUGUUUGGAAAAGCUAUUUCGUACAUGUGUGUGUGUGCGCGCAUGUGUGUGUGUGUGUCUGGUGUCUGUGUGUGUGUGCACUGUAUCAAUAAGCGGGAAAACAUCAAAUUGUGUUGAUGAAAAGUGGGCCUUAGAGUAUUUUAGUGGGAAGAAUCUGUAGAUUUUUAUUCUUGUACAUUAUCAUAGUUUUGUAAUUCUGUGGUAGAUAGAACAUUUGGAUAUGUUUGUUUUUUUAACAGCAUUUGUUAUUAAUGAUGUUUUAAAGUCGAUUGAAUAGUGGGAAGGCAGUGUGCAUUUUGAGAAGAUUUUAAAAAAAGUGUUAUUGUUAUUAAUUCAGUUGUUAACAUUUUAUGAAACACAUAAAUCUGCAUAUUUUGGAGUUAUCUAUGAUUCAGGGUCAGAGCAAUAUUUGGAAGAGCAUGCCCCCUUUUGGCCCUCAAAUUUUCAUCUUCCAGACAAUCUAAUUGAUAGUGCUCCCCACCCACACACCCCUUUAAAAUACACUGCGGGCCCUGGUUGGUUGACAUCAUAUUUACCUAGGUAAUGGAUUGUUCAGCUAUGUGAUUUUUAAUUUACAAAACUGUUGAGUUGCCUAAUACUAGCACAUUUGUACUGUUGUCUCAAAUGUAUUUUAAACCACCUGAUUUUGUAAUGAGAUUGUAUUAUUAAAUUUGACUACUGAUAUGCUGUACAUGCCCAAAACAUCUGUCUAAAACCUUUUUGGAAUACAUGAAUUUGACACCCCAAGAUGCAAAAUACAUCGGUUAUUGGGAGGUGGUGGUGUGGAGCGGGUGCUGUAUAUUCAGUUGAGGUGGUCUAAGAGGAUGUGCAGAAAUUAAUAUUCAACCACAAAACUUUAAGCUUCAGCCACAGAUACCGUUUUUAAAGGAAUGCUUACCUUUAAUAGAUACUUUGGGUGAUAGGGUCUCCACGAGUACUCGAGUACUCAGGCCCGGGCUGAGUUGAACAAGACUUGACGUUCGAGUACCCGUACAAGGAAGAGCACUCUCAUUUAAUUAUAUUUUUUUACGUCAUUUUGCCAUUAUGCUUGCAGCCGGUUACAUUGUAAGGCUAUAAGACAUGGACGGAAAACAAAAGUUGAAAGUGGCAUUUGCAAUACAAUGGAUGAUUUGGCAUCCAUGUUAAGUGCUGGAAUUAAGAUGCAUAAUGCUAUUUUACUUUAUUCCUUAGUCUCAUUAUCAUCUAGUGUAAGUGUCGGGUACUCUGGUCCGGGUCGAGUUUUACCCUCGAGUACUCUAGUCCAAUAUUUGGACUCGUGGAGGCCCUAUUGGGUGACAUUUAGUCAGAAAUUGGUUGUAUGUGAUCACUGAUGGUGAGAAUAUCAUUUGAAGAAAAAAAGUUGUCAAUACUUUUCACUGCCGUCAUAAGAUAUACUACGGUAGUAGAUGUUUUUUAAAAAUGUUGUUGAACAUUGUUGCCAUCUGUUGAUGUUCAUUCCUGCUAUCUAAGUAUUAAAUACAUGACUAAUGAAA